AUGUUUGCCUCUUCAACCCUCUCCACCCUCCCUCUCUUCUUCCUCCUCCUCCUCCUCCCCAUCACCAACGCCACCAUCGAUGAAACCUGCAAAGCCGCCUCCGCCAGCCACUACCUGGUCGACUACGACAUAUGUACAACCUCUCUCCAAGCAAACCCCAACAGCGAAACCGCCAACCCUAAAGAUCUAGCCCUCAUUGGGGCCCAACUUUGCCUGAACAACGCAACGUCUACCGUAACCAAAACCAACGACAUGAUCAAGAACGGAAACUUCAGUCUUAGGGCCAAGGAGAUCUUGAAGAAAUGCGCCAAUGAGGUUUUCAACGACGAGAUUUAUUGGUUGAGUGACGCGAUAGAUUGGCUGAAGAAAGGGAGCUACACUGAUGCGUUAGAUGAUAUUGGUGAGGUGAGAGCGAUGGCUUAUGAUUGCGAUGAUUUGUUCGAUGAGAAGGGUGAAUAUGAUCCGUUGAAGGAGGAGCAAGUCGAUAUGGAUGAUUUGAGUAAUCUUGCUUUGUUUCUUGUUGAUCGUUUGAGAGGGUGAUGGUUUUGUUUGUUGAAGUUAUGGUUCGUGCUUUCAUGGUGUUAGCUAGGACAAUAUUCAUGUGAUUGAGAAUUCAUAAAGAUAAUGGUCAUGACUGAGAAUUUAUAAAGAUAAGAGUGACACUCAUUGAGAUCUAGGUUAAAUAUUUGUA